AUGGCGACACAAAUGCCGUCAGAGUCGAGGAUCGAAAGGGAUGGGGCUGAAGAGAUAGUUGAGGAAGGCGAACCUCCUUCUCUAGAGAACUGUGGUGAGGAUCAUUCGGAUCAAACCAUCACUCUGUCUUCGAACAGCAAGAUGGCGGGACAAAGCGUUACGCCGUUCCUGGCGAAGCACAUUCCUCAACAAUACGCUCCGCUUGGGAACCAACCUCUAGCUACGAACACCUCGCAGAAAGAUCCCAAUACAAAAUACUGCUAUCGGCAUCGACCGGACUCGAAAUGUAGGAGGACGGCAGAUGAACCGACAAUGGAGAAUCUACAAAGGGAACUCGAGACGUUGUCGCAAGCAGAUCAGCAAGGCAUAUCGCAUGUCUGGUCACUAUUCUCCGCUGCCCCAGCCAAACAUAGAAAUCUUAUGCUACAAGGCAUCCUGACGCAAUGCUGCUUCCCUCAACUAUCAUACCUCUCCGCCACAGUACGCGAUCUCAUUCGAAUCGACUUCCUCACAGCUCUACCCUCCGAAAUAUCCUUCAAGAUCCUAUGUUACCUCGACACAACCUCUCUCUGCAAGGCGGCACAAGUCAGUCAGAAGUGGAGGAUACUAGCCGACGAUGAUGUUGUCUGGCAUAAGAUGUGCGAGCAGCACAUCGAUCGCAAAUGCACAAAAUGCGGUUGGGGAUUACCCUUACUCGAACGAAAGCGACUACGAGAUUGGAAGCGUCAACAACAAUUGCGUGCGACAGGUCGUGGUCUAAAUGAAUGGUCUCCAAACCUAACUCCGGUACCGGAUGAUGUUACCAAUGGAGUGGUCAAAGCCUCAUCAUGCAUAAAGAGAGAUGCGGCUGCUGCUGCACUAUCUGAUGGAUUACUGAUCGCUUCGCCUGAAGGAACCAAGAGACAACGUAUGAAUGCGGAAGAUUCGUACUUUGUUGACAAACCAAAAUUUCGACCAUGGAAAGAUGUCUACAAGGAUCGAUUCAAGGUUGGGACGAAUUGGAAGUAUGGACGUGCGAAGAUAAAGUUGUUCAGAGGACAUUCGAAUGGAGUCAUGUGUCUUCAAUUCGAUGACAGUAUCCUCGCCACUGGUUCUUACGAUGCUACUAUCAAGAUUUGGGAUAUUGAGAGUCAGGAGUGUAUUCGAACCUUGAGAGGCCAUACCCAAGGCAUUCGAGCACUUCAAUUCGACGACACAAAACUCAUUAGUGGAAGUCUCGACGGGACUAUCAAGAUCUGGAAUUGGCGUACUGGAGAGUGUUUGUCUACUUAUACGGGACAUACAAAUGGUGUGAUUGGUCUUCACUUUGAUGGAAAUCUCCUCGCAUCAGGUUCUUCGGACAAGAGUAUUCGAAUCUGGAACUUCGAGGAUAAAUCCGUCUACUCACUCCGAGGACACACCGACUGGGUCAACUCAUUGAAACUCGACCUUCCUUCCCGAACCCUCUUCUCCGCCUCCGACGACUGUACCGUCCGUCUCUGGGACCUGGACACGAAACGAACCAUCCGCACUUUCGAAGGUCACGUUGGUCAAGUCCAACAAAUCACCCUCUUGCCCGCCGAGUACGAACCCGCAGACUUCGAACCCGAAGACGACGACGGCGCAAGUAGCACAGCCAGCACCAGCGACCUCAACGCCCCCAUCCAAAGCAAACCCCCCACCCAAACCUUCGACUCCUGGCCCUCAACCCGCUCCAGACCACCUCGUUACUUCGUAACCAGCGGUCUCGAUUCCACCAUCCGCCUAUGGGACGUCAAUACGGGCCGUUGUCUGAAGACUUUCUUUGGCCACGUAGAAGGUGUUUGGGCUCUCGCGGGCGAUACCCUGCGCGUUGUAUCCGGAAGCGAAGACCACACGAUCAAAGUCUGGGACGCGAGGACGGGGAAGUGCGAGAAGACGUUCUUUGGACCGACGGGGCCGGUGACUUGCAUCGGGUUGAGCGAUAGCGGGAUGUGUACUGGGAGCGAAGAUUGUGAGGUGAGGCUCUAUAGCUUUAAGUGUGAGGAUGAGGGGUCGGAGAGUGUCUCGCAAUAG